CAAUCCGCUGGGCGCUCGAGCGCACUGCAGGCUGCUGCUGCUGUGGUAACAUAUGGAGGAGCAGGACACACCACAACCAGCUGCCUUCAUGCGGGAACUUUCAGCAUGCUGUGUUUAUUUAUGAGGCAGUAUCCAGGAAAUAUUCUAUAUCGAAUGAAGUUUCUGAUCUGCAAGCGUAAGCUGGAGAGCAAGAAGGAGGCUCUGCUGAUUCUGUCCAAAGAGCUCGACACAUGCCAGCAGGAGAGAGACCAGUACAAGCUGAUGGCCAAUCAGCUGCGCGAGAGACAUCAGGGCCUGAAGAAAAAAUACAGAGAACUUAUUGACGGCGAUCCGACAUUACCGCCAGAGAAACGCAACCAGGUAAAUCUGGCCCAGCUGUUGAGGAAUUCACAUGACAGGAGUAAGCAGUUAGCAGAGGAAGUGACGGAGCUGACUCAGAGACUAACUGAGGCUCAGGGUGAUAACAAGCUUCUGAGAAUGACAAUCACUAAACAGAGGCUUGGGGAUGAUGAAGUUGGAGUCAGGCACUUCCCAGCCCAUGAGCGUGAGGAUCUAGUCAGGCAGCUGGAGGAAGCAGGAUUGCAGAGAGAAGAACUGGAGAACAGCCUGAAGGCAGUGAGUGAUGAAUUGGAGGAUGUGAAGGCAGAAAGGACUGUCUACAAAGAGAAAGCUGGUCGCCUCAACCUCGAGCUUAACCAUAUAUUGGGUGAUGGAGGCAAACGCAUCGUGGACGUGGAUGCUCUUUGCAUGGAGAACAGGUAUUUGCAUGAGAGGCUGAAACAAGUCCAAGAAGAAGUUAGUCUACUGAAAGCAAACAUCAUGAAAUACAAGAAUGCCUUGGACCGGAGAAAGAACUCAAAAACAAGUGGCAAAUCUAACACUAGUGCGCUUACUGGUGUGCUCUCUGCCAAACAGGUGCAAGAUUUAUUGUCGGAGGAGAAUGGAUGUGGUCUUCCAGUCACGCCUCAGUCUCUCUCUGAUCUGAAGUCUCUGGCCAUGGCUCUGCUGGAAACAAUUCAUGAAAAGAACAUGGUUAUUCAGCACCAACGCCAGACUAACAGGAUUCUGGGGAACAGAGUUGCUGAGCUUGAGAAGAAAUUGAAGACUCUGGAGGUAUCUGGGCUUUGGAGUUUACCAGCAGGAGGUAAAGAUGCUAUUAUUUUGAAUGAGAGCCAGCGUGCCACACCCCCCUCCUCCUUGCUUGGCCUUCCCUUACAGCCUGUGCCCACUGAACGGCUGACUGAUUCACAGCCCCCUGCAGAUGACAGGACAGGAAGUGGAGGGUUAUUGCCAUGGGAACUGGACACAGCUGGCGAUGACAGCUUCCUGAACGUGUGGCCUCGCUCCCGCCCCAGUCCAGAUGGAGGUGGAGACAGAGUGGAGACAUCUGUCACCUCUGAGCAAGGGGAGGAGACGCAGUCUUGCGGGCUGGAAAUCGUGAAGCAGACAGAACAGCGGCUAGGUGAUGAAGUGGGACCAGCUGCAGACAUGCAGCCAAUCACGAAGCAGCAUCCUGUUGUAGAGGAGGGCGAAGUUGUAGAGGUGGACGGCAGCUUGACUGUGGAGGAAGGUGAAGACGCUGCAGUGGCACUGGCUUCUCCAGGGUCUGAUAGCUCUGGUUAUUCUCCACAUCUCAGUUCAGGGCACAUCUGUGAUCAAAGCCAGCAUGAUGACCGUAUUCAUCAUGAUUUUAGACAGAUUUUAAGUGUAGCUACUGACCCUGAAGAUGUCUUGGAAGAGAAUUUCUCAAGUCUUGUGUCCAUUUCCAAAAAGCCCAUCCCGGCUUCACCGCUCACACCAAGAUGGGAACUGGAUUAUCAGUCAGGAGAGACUGAUAGCUGUCACAGUGAAAGUGUGGCUUAAAUAUUGACCAAAUUCAAAUGUUCUUUAUAACAGGAACUUGUACAAGAAUGACAUCUCGAAAGGAGUUUUCAGUUCUUGUCGGUCUGCCCUGCGUAUUUCAUGUUUUCCCUCAAAAGACCUUAAUAUUUAGUUGAUGACCUUGAUCAGGUGUAGAUAAGACCAAAUAUGAAGCGUGAAACACACAGGGCCCAGCUCUAAGUGAACUAAAGGGUGUGUACUUUUAAACUUGCAUUUCAAGAUAUGGGAAUAUUCCUGCAGUCUAAAUCUAGUGCAUGUAUUAGUGAUUCUUUGUGUUGCUUUGUUUCUACUUGUCUUUGUCUGUUGAAUUAUGGUUAUGCUAAAUUUACAAUGAGUAUAAAUUAAGUUAAUCAUUAGACAAGCAACAGUGAUUCAUCCUCUAUCAACAGGGACAAGUUGUGUGUUCACUCUGAAGUUUAUUUAAAUGCAUGUAUGUCACAUAUGUACUGUACAUGUAUUAUGCCAGUGUCAAGAAUAAGGGGUCACUGAACCUCUCAAUAUCGUACAUGUUUACACUUUUCAUCAGCUUAGAGUUGUUAAGGGGUCAUAUUUGUACAAUCUUGAAACUAGUCUAAGAAACUUUCUGCACUGAUGUAUAGUUUUUGAUUUUGUUUUCUUGCUGUUACAUAUAUUUUGUUGUCCUGAUAGCUCAUCUCAUCUCAUUAUCUCUAGCCGCUUUAUCCUUCUACAGGGUCGCAGGCGAGCUGGAGCCUAUCCCAGCUGACUACGGGCGAAAGGCGGGGUACACCCUGGACAAGUCGCCAGGUCAUCACAGGGCUGACACAUAGACACAGACAACCAUUCACACUCUCAUUCACACCUACGGUCAAUUUAGAGUCACCAGUUAACCUAACCUGCAUGUCUUUGGACUGUGGGGGAAACCGGAGCACCCGGAGGAAACCCACACGGACACGGGGAGAACAUGCAAACUCCGCACAGAAAGGCCCUUGUCAGCCACAGGGCUCGAACCCGUCCUGAUAGCUGAUACCAUAUAAUCUCUAUCGUCUCUAUUUCCUGUUGAUUCUGUAGUAUACUUAUUUCCUUUAGCUCCCUUUUUUCUGGAGAAACGGUCUGGCAAGACUUGUUCAUCAUACAAAUGAUGUAAUUUUCCAAGAACUGCACACAGAUCUCGCACAAAUUACAUUUGCAUCACAAAUGAUUCAGAAAAGAUAUCAAAUUGUUUCAAAUCAUGAUGGUAUUGCUGUUUACACAACUAAUUAUACACUCAAUGUUUACAAAUGUAGAUUGUGGCUGCCCUUUUUUUUUUUUUUUCUGCAUGUGCCUUAUAAUGCAAAAUGAACUGUGCUUUCUCUGUUGGAAGAGAAGAGAUAAAUAUGGGAUGAUACGCAGGGGUUUUUUUUCUUUUUCACUUUGUUGGCAGUACGUUCAUGUCAAAUAUCUGUCUGACAUGUCUGUGUACUCUGAUAUGGUCAACCUGUUUAAUUAAAUAUAAUUAUAUUUUCUCAAAAUGUCAAA